UUUCUAUUUGGGGACACUUCCUCCGAGGCGAGGAAGGAGUGACGAGUGAGGAGCCCGCGGUCCGGGGGGGGCCCCCCAGGCCGGCUGCCGCCUCCCGCUCGCGCACUUUCUCCGCGUCCCGGGGAACAACCGGCGCGCAGGCUGCGACGCACGCGGACCUUCUCCGCGUCCCGGGGAACAUCCCGAGCGCAGGCUGCACGAGGGACCCCAGGCAGGCGGCGGGUCUGCGAGCGCAGUGCGCGCCGUCGGGGACGCGGGAGCCGAGCGCCAUGGCCUUCCUGUGGCUGGCCUUGUGUCUCACGCCCGCGUGCUGUCUGCUGCACAAGGACGAAGAUCCCGAGUCGCCGAUUAAGAACCUGCGAAUGCAGCCGGAGACGAGAAGGUUGACCUGGGACCUCAGCGGAAACGUGUCUGAGAUCGGCUGUUUCAUCAACUCGAGGUUCAUCACUAAGGCCACCGAUAAGCGUUACUGCGAGUUCCGCGUCCUUUCCUCGUGUCAGGUGACGAAUUUCACGGUCGCCUCCACCGGAGACCGGCCGUUCUCCGCGGGGAUCCUGUACCCCAGGCCAGAGGGCCACCCUGAGGCGGCGGCGCAGCGUCUGGGCUGCUGGGUGCACGACGUGGACUUCCUGACGUGCAGCUGGGAGGCGGGCCGCGCGGCCCCCGGGGACGUCCAGUAUCGCCUGUACUGGCAGGACCUCAAGACCUACGAGGAGGAGGAGUGUCCCCGGUACGGGGUGGACGAUCGGGGGACACACAUCCGGUGUCAUUUCGACGACGUGUCCCGGCUCAGGGAACACGUCCGGUUCCUGGUGAAGGGCACCAGCAAGGGCGCGAGGAUCCCGUGCUCGGACCUCACUGUGGAACUAGCAAGAAUCGAGAGAUUAAGUCUGCCCAACAUCACCGGAAUGUGUAAUAAAUCCUAUUCAGUCAUGGAGUGGAAAAUGUCAAGCCACUUUAAUCACAGAUUUACAUACGAACUUGAAAUACAAAAGGGCUCAGAUCCCGCCUACACCGAGAAGGCGCCCGACAGCUACUUCGUGCUCCCCAACCCCGGAAACUACGCGGUGAGGCUGAGGGCGCACGCGCCCUUCCGCAAAACCUGGAGUGAGUGGAGCGCCGUGCGGCGCUUUGAGUGCGACCUCGGGAAGGACACGCACUUCCGAGACUGGCUGACCUCCGCUCUGAUCCCGCUGGGCGCGCUGCUGGCCCUGGGGCUGGGGGUCGCGCUGUGCCAAAGGGUGGCCUGGGAGGCCAGCAGAGCAAGCCAGGAGGACUGCCAGGUGGCGGAGGUGCAGGUUCUGGGAGAAAUGUGACGCUGGGACGCAGACCUCGUCCUAGGCACGGCGGGGGCCUGGACGGCCUGCUUGGUGUUGGACCAGGGGACCGGGGGACCAGGACACGACCACCCGGCGCAACUUCACGGAGCUGCCACCAGGAGGGAAGAAAGGCGGUGUGGGGGUCGGUUCCUAAAUAAAGCCCUUUUCCGGCCACCCCCUGGACUCCGGAGUGGGAUCCAGCCCCGUGGCUCCGGGUCGCUCCGGCCUCCUGAAAUGGGCCUCGCCCACACCCCCGCCCCCGCUCAGCGGCCAUGCCGGCUUCUCUGUAAGCCCUCCACACCCCAGGUAACCAGGAAGGUCCGACAGGCUCCACGACCACCCCAGUCAAAGGCACAGGGCAUCCGGGCACAAGGGGGGUCACUACCGUGUGGCCGGUGCGUGGGGGAUGGAGGGCGUGGCCACGCACGCCGAGAUGCGCAGGGCAGGGCGGCGUCAGGGGGCCCCUCGGGAGGCCACACCCCCACGCCGUAGCCAAAGCACGGUUUCCCGAACGCCCCGAGGCCACCGGCACAGGCGGCUAUUUGGCGA